UGUAAUCAGAGAAGGAACUCUGAACUACAGUUCCCAGCAGCCACUGCAUCACAGUCACAUGACCACCUGCACCUGAAUCACAUUCCUGUUAAUUCCUGCUGUGUUUAUCAUCUUUGGUUUAUGUUUCUUCUUAGCCUUAUUGUUUUGCUGCUGAUUCACAGUUCUUGUUUUGUGUUUGGUUGUGCUAUUAAUUAAAGAAUUCUGGACUUGCAUCCAUCUGCAGCUUGGAAUCGUGACAUUAACAGUUUCCUAGUGUUAGGAAGUGGGACAUCUGGACAGAGAACAGCCUACUCCCCCUCUCCUUCCAGGUGAUGCAAUUCUCGUCAAAAGUAUGAAUCCAUGAAAGGUUGGGGAAGCAGCCUUUGGCCCUCCUGCACGUGUGUUGGCCAUUACCUUUACUGCUGUCCUGACAGAUUCACAACCCCAGUGGAUUCACGCCAGCUGUAUCAAGUGCUGCCUGUCCGUGACAAGAGACAAUACGACUAUCAAAUUGUGUGAGUAAUCUCUACAUUGUCACUCAGAUCUGACCAACGUCACACCUGCUAUCUACGCACCCACACUUGCAUUAACUCAGUCAGACAACCAGCCUGGCCAAGCAGCAUUAAUACAACUAAUACAGCAUCAAUACGGCUACAUUUCUGCACAAGAUGUCAGGGCUUUGCAAUGGCAACAUUGUUGUCUUCUGGCAGGUGUGAAAGACCGUAGAAGAAGCAAUGAUGAAUGGUGUGCAGAGCGUUCAAACAGACGAUAACUCUCUGCUCAAAGCAGUCUAUCUGGGCCGACUCCGCCUGACACGCCUCCUCCUAGAGGGCGGGUCUUACAUAAAUGAGAGCAAUGAGCACGGGGAGACACCCCUGAUGAUUGCCUGUAAAAGCAGAUACUCUGACACUCAGGGGGUUCCAAAGGAAAAGAUGGUGGGGUAUCUUCUGGAGAGUGGUGCUGAUCCAAACAUACAGGAUAAAAGUGGCAAGACUGCUCUGAUGCAUGCCUGCCUAGAGCAAGCAGGACAUGAGGUGGUGUCCCUACUCCUGGAUAGUGGGGCUGAUCCCUGUCUGGAGGACCACAUAGGCUCCUCUGCUCUGAUCCAUGCCAUUAAUUCCAAUGAUGAGGAAACGUUGAAGCUGCUAAUAGAUGCUUUUAAGGCUAAAGGUAAAGAGGUCAUUAUCAUCACCACAGACAGACUUGUCUUCGGAAGGCAGAUGGCCAAACAGUAUCUUAAAGUUCCUUCGCUGCCAGAACUAGACCAGUGGAAUACAUUGACUUGCUCUCCGAUACCUUGUGCUUCUCCUUCUGAGAUUCACCUUAGCACAUCGCCCCUGGAGACACUUUCCUCCAGCUUCUCAGAUAAUAUGUUCUCUUUCCAGGACUUGCAGACCAUGGCCAACUCUCAGACAACCCCUCCCUCUCACCAGCCACCUUUGGUAAACAGGAGACUGAACAAGGUCCACCAUCUGCAGAGACUACACUCAGAACCAUGGCUGAAGGUCCCCCAAUCCAAAGGUAACUCUCAAAAGGAAGCACUGCAUGACAUAACACCUGAGGAAGAACUUGCUUUCAGCAUCGACAGAAGACUGGAUUUUGACCAUCCUUGUUCAUGUCAGGUCAACACUGACCUCAUAGAAGCAUCUAGCUUGAGCCAGUCUCAGCAUCAAGAAAACAACACAAGUAAUCAUGGAAAUUUAAGACCAGAGGGAACACUGUCUCACAACAUGUCCUUCAAUGGUUUAUCUCCACUCUACUCUCUGUCCCACCCAGAUCUUCACUCCAAAAGCAAUGAAUUCUUAACAUCAGAGAAUGACCCUAACCUGGCAGUGUCCAGUCUUAUCAACAUCAUCCAACGUAGAAAACUUGGAAUAGACCAUUACAGCUCUGAUUCACAGCUUUCAGUGUCAGGUAACUCCCCAGCAGAUGGUAAAAAGCAGCUUAAUAGGCAACUAUUGACUUCACGAUCAUCCACUUUGAUAAGCUCAGAAGAGUCCACUGAAAGCACUUUACUGGGAAGCAUACACAAGAGGCACCCAACCAACCUAGAGAGGAGGGGAUCAGGGGCUCUUUUCACAGAUCUAGCACUCAACCAUCGACCAGGCUUUCUACCACCACUGAAUCAUCAUGCCUUAAUCCCACAAAUUAUUGGAGCAAGCAGCUCUAGUGCUAUCUGCAGCAAGCCAACAUGUGGUUUGGUGACAGGGAUAAGGCAGUAUCUACCCACAGCUCCUGCUGGCUUACCAAAGGAUCUCAAGAGCAGAAGAAUGCUGAUGAGAAGGCACUCCAUGCAGCCUGAACAAAUCAAACAGCUAGGUAGCUUUAAGGAGAUCUUUGGUUAAUGAUAUUGGAAAUGUAGUGCACUGUAAUGUAAUAUAUAAUGUAGUGGACUGUACAAA